AUGGCUGCAAGAAAUCACACUGCGAGGGUCACAGAAUUCAUUCUUAUUGGGUUAACAGAUGACCCAGCAUUGCAAGUUGCUUUGUUUCUUCUAUUCUUGAUCAUCUACAUCAUCACCCUGGUGGGAAAUCUGGGGAUGAUUGUAUUAAUCAGAAUCAGUCGUCGUCUCCACCCCAUGUACUUUUUCCUUAGUAACUUGUCCUUCUUGGAUGCCUGUUGUUCGUCAGUGGUGGCACCCCAGACCUUGGCAAUCAUUGUUAAGGAGAGAAAAACCAUCUCUCUUGCUGGCUGUGCAGCACAAAUGUACUUUUUUAUAGCUCUGGGGACGACAGAGUGUUUCCUUCUGGCUGCAAUGGCCUAUGAUCGGUAUGUUGCCAUCUGUAACCCACUGCUAUAUAAAGUCAUCAUGUCCCCUAGAGUCUGUGUCCCACUGGUAGUUGGGUCCUACGUUAUUGGCCUAUUUAAUUCCAUGGUGCACACAGAUUUGACAUUCCGUUUGUCCUUCUGUGGGUCUAAUGAGAUCAAUCAUUUCUAUUGUGAUCUCACUCCUGUCUUAUCACUCUCCUGCUCUGAUACUCACAUCAAUGAAAUCCUGAUAUUUAACCUUGGGGGACUUAUUGAAUUAACCACCAUUCUGACUGUCCUGGUCUCCUACACUUACAUCCUCAGUACCAUAUUGAGAAUCCGCUCUGCUGAGGGCAGGAACAAAGCCUUUUCCACCUGUGCCUCCCAUCUGACUGUGGUCUCUAUAUUUCAUGGAGACAUUCUCUUCUUGAAUGUACGACCCAGGUCCAGCUAUUCCCUGGACACAAGCAAAGUUCUGGCAGUGUUUUACUCAGUGGUCAUUCCCAUGCUGAACCCCCUCAUCUACAGUCUGAGGAACCAGGAUGUGAAGGUUGCCUUCAAAGACAUCAUGAAGAAAAAGUUACUACCUCUGAUCUCCUAUAGGGAGGGC